CGCAGCGAAGCCUUACAUGUUGAGCAGCAUACACGAGCUUUGCACAGAACAGUGCUCCUCAGCAUGAAUCGAAAGAAAUUCGAUUGACAAUGCCACUCUCACCUGAGGACAUUGUCAGCGUUCACGUUGGGGAUGGAAGUUCCGCAGAAUGGUUGAAUCAGCGCAAGUUCAAACCAAAGUUGACCAUUGUCGAGUCCAAUCCGGCGUGGCCACAGCGAUUCUUAGACAUCAAAACACGUAUAGAAGCUGCGCUAGGCUCGACUGCAGUUGCCAUUCAUCAUGCAGGAUCCACCAGUGUGCCAGGUCUGCCGGCAAAAGAUAUUAUUGACGUCGAUCUUGUCGUAAAGGAUAGUAUGGACGAGGGUUCUUAUGUUGCGGCUCUCGAGUCCUUGGGCUUCGUAUUCCUUAUCCGCGAGCCGGACUGGUACCAACAUCGCUUUUUCUUUGAUGAAGAAAACCGGCCUAAUGCAUACUUCAUCAACCUUCACGUCUGGGGACCGGAUUGCCCCGAGGUUGAGAGGCACCGGAUCUUCCGCGACUGGCUCUCAAAGUCACCGAAAGACCUACAGCUAUAUGCCAAUGUCAAACGUGAAUGUGCUUCAGCAUCUGAGGCCGCAGGGGAAUCAAUGGAAGAAUACACGCUGCGAAAGGGCAAAGCUAUUCAAGAGAUCAUGGAUCGGGCGUUCCGCGAUCUGGGCUACAUCAAGUAAUAUGGCAAGUCGUUUUGUUCUGCCAAGGGAAAGAAAUGGAGGGAGUCUGAGAACUAGCUAGCAUGAAUCUCAUGCUUGUAUAUUCCUCAAUCAGCUUGGGCCAGCGCAUAGAUUAGAUCUUUGGCUAUUCCAUCUUU